UGUAGAUCUGUGCUUUGCAAUAGGAAAUGCUUUAUUAGCUGGGAGUGGUGGAGAAAAGCCAAGCAGGAAGAGGCAGUAAUAAGAAACAUUUUUAACUUCUCCCACCUCCAGAGCUUGCCAAACCACUGCUUUCAGAUCGAGAGCUGGAAAGUGCAGAGGGGACUGUAAAAAAAGGAUCCUGGCUCCUGCUCCCCAUUUCAAGCCUGCUUUCGAUACGCCGGCCUCCCUGGGAUAGGCUUUGCCAGAAAGGAGCUUCAGACUAAAUCAGGGGACGCCGCGCCUUUAAAGUUGGAAAAUUCAGGAAGGUUCGUACGGUCAUCGGAAAGGAGACCCAUGAUUCCGUAUCAGGCCAGGCGUCCGAGAAUGGUGAGGAGCUGCCCAGGGUGAUCUAAAUAAACGCAUCUGCGGGUGUUUUAAAAAAACACACUUCAGACUUUGGUACCGAAGAAAACUUUUAGCCGAGGCCCGUUGAAAGCAGGAAAGCAGCAGGAUACAGGACGUGCCCAAACUUCCACCUACAUAGACUUCUGGAGAAAAUGCGGCAAAGAGCUAUCGCUGGCCUUUUCGUGGCCAUCAUGAGCCUCCCAAGAAACAUCGAAGCAGCCGGAGGAAAUGAUCUGGUGAACUGUGUGUGUGAGCAGCCAAACUGUCUCAAUAGCACUUGUACAGGGAAGCUGUGUUUUGUGAGCAAGCAUCUGACAGAGGGGGAAAUGAUCCGCAAGAAAGGAUGCCUUCAAUCCAUGUCUGAGUUCUGCAGAGGCUCCCACACGACAAAAACUGCCAUAAUAUGUUGUUCAACCGACAUGUGUAAUUUGAAUCUCACCAUCCAGUUACCAGGUGAAGAUCCGCCGGAAGAAGAGAGUCCUUCUCUUAAGAACCUUCUCCUGAUGAUCCUGGUUCCCCUCUUUGCUUUUUUGGUUCUCGCUGCAUUGGUUGGGCUGUCUGUAUGGAAGGUGUUCCAGAGCCGGCAGAGACGGAUACGGUUGAGGUCUGAUGAUCUGGAGGACAUGGAUUUCAUACUGAAAGCAUCCACGCUUGGUGACAGCACCUUAAAAAACCUGCUGAAUGAUGACUGCACCACCGGGAGUGGCUCUGGGCUGCCCUUCCUCGUCCAGAGAACCGUGGCUCGGCAGAUCAGCCUGGUUGAAUGUGUUGGCAAAGGACGAUAUGGGGAGGUGUGGCGUGCUAUGUGGCAUGGGGAAAAUGUGGCGGUCAAGAUCUUCUCGUCCCGGGAUGAGCAGUCGUGGUUCCGUGAGACAGAGAUCUACAACACAGUGCUGCUGAGGCAUGACAACAUCUUAGGAUUCAUUGCCUCCGACAUGACCUCAAGGAACUCCAGCACCCAGCUGUGGCUGAUCACCCACUACCAUGAGCAUGGCUCCCUCUACGACUACCUUCAGCACACGGCACUGGAUGUGGAGAGCUGCCUGCUCUUCGCCAACUCCAUCAUCUGUGGCCUCCUCCAUCUCCACGUGGAGAUCUUUGGCACCCAGGGCAAGCCAGCCAUUGCUCACCGGGACCUAAAAAGUAGGAACAUCUUAGUCAAGAACAACAAGCAAUGCUGCAUUGCUGAUCUGGGUCUGGCAGUCAUGCAUUCCCAGAGCAGCGACUACUUGGACAUUGGCAACAACCCAAGGGUGGGCACGAAACGCUACAUGGCGCCUGAAGUUUUAGACGAACAGAUUCAAAUGGACCGCUUUGAAUCCUUCAAGCGGACUGACAUUUGGGCGUAUGGCCUCGUCCUCUGGGAGAUAGCCCGGAGAACUGUCGUUAACGGGAUUGUCGAAGAUUACAAGCCUCCUUUCUUUGACAUGGUGCCAAUUGACCCCAGCUUUGACGAUAUGAAGAAGGUGGUUUGCAUCGACCAACAGACGCCCACCAUCCCAAAUCGGUUGUACUCAGACGUGACUUUGUCUGCCCUGGCCAAGACCAUGAAGGAAUGCUGGUUCCAGAGCCCGCCAGCCAGACUCACGGCUUUGAGGAUUAAAAAGACUCUGAAAAAACUCAGCGACUCCUUCGACAAACCCAAACAACACUCGUAACUGCAGGGACCAGCUCUGGGACCAGGGAUCAAAUUUCUGACUGUUUGGCUCGGCAAGAAAGUUCAAGGUCACUUCUUCUCCCACUUCCAGUGUGCUAGUCCCGGCCUCUGUCCGCGGCUGCAGCAAACUUCGUUUGAAACCCGGCCAAGAGGAUUUGGUCUAGAGCCCCCCCAUGGCUGGGAUUGAUCCUUUGCAGGAGAAUUUCAUGGAACAGAUGACUUGUAUCGGGCAUCUUUUAAUUUGUUUUCUCUAGCAACAA